AGCCUAUCCCCGGCCUCCCAUUAGAACCUACUCUUCCCCGUUGGAAACCAGCUCCACCCCGCACAGCCAGUAGCCAUGGCUGAAGACUUGGACAUGCGCAAUGAGCUGUCGGAUAUGCAGCAACGCGCCGACCAGCUCGGAGAUGAGGUGAGCAGCACAGCCCCAACCCAUGCUACUGUUUACCACAGAUUUUUAGACACCUGAGAGACACUCAAGCCUACACAGAAAAUCAUCAAAAUUGAGGCAUAUGCAACUACACUUAAAAAUCAUCUGAAAAGAGCUUAAAAUAAAAGCAUCUGUGUGUUUUAGCUAUCAAAUUUAUGAUAUAUGAAUUCCUCACUCUCCUCUUGACAUAAAAUCAACAAAAACAGAUCCAGUCAAAUCCUUCUUCCACCUAAAAUGUCUGAGCAUGUUUUUUUCCGAAUACAUUUGACAGUAUCACACAUUGCCAUAGGAUAGCCCACUAGAUGACUUCCUCCUGGCAGCAGCAGCCAGCUCCUGUAGAGGACUAGCAGGGCAGACGCACAGGGAGGGUACAGUAACAUGCUGUUGGCCCCAGCCUCGGGCUCACAGCUCCCGGCUCUGACUGUGCGAUAACAGAGUCUGUGUGUCAGGUGGAGGGAGGGUCCAACUGCAUCCGGUCUUAAGUAAUCGUGAAGUGUGCGUGUGUGUGUGCUUGCAUGCGGGUGUGUGUAUGUGUGGAUAAGUGUUAGUUUGUGUGUGUGUGGAUAAGUGUUUGUUUGUGUGUGUGUGUGUGUGUGUGUGCUUGCACGUGUGUGUGUGGAUAAAUGUUAGUUUGUGUGUGUGUGUGGAUGAGUGUUAGUUAGUUUGUGUGUGUGCCAGACCUGGGAUAAUUAUAGUUUUAAAUAUGAUUUGUUAGUUAUUUUGAAGCUGCAAAAGUGGUCUACUCUAACAUUGAGAUGAUUCCAUGUCCCUCAUGUAUUACAUUAUAGGCUAUAGGCUAUAUUAAGAUUCAUAUCUAAGAUACCUCCAAACCAUCUGCUUAUGAUCAUACAUUUAGACUAAUUCAACUAACUGUUGUAGUUUUUGGUUCUUCAUCACAUAUUUGGCAUAAAUUAUAUACAGUACCAGUCAAAAGUUUGGACACACCUACUCAUUCCAGGGUUUUUCUUUCUUUUGUACUAUUUUCUACAUAAUAGUGAAGACAUCAAAACUAUGAACUAAUACAUAUGGAAUCAAGUAGUAACCAAACAAGUAUUAAACAAAUCAAAAUAUGUUUUAUAUUUGAGAUUCUUCAAAUAGCCACCCUUUGCCUUGAUGACAGCUUUGCACACUCUUGGCAUUCUCUCAACCAGCUUCACCUGGAAUGCUUUUCCAACAGUCUUGAAGGAGUUCCCACAUAUGAUGAGCACUUGUUGGCUGCUUUUCCUUCACUCUGCGGUCCGACUCAUCCCAAACCAUCUCAAUAGGGUUGAGAUCGGGAGAUUGUGGAGGCCAGGUCAUCUGAUGCAGCACUCCAUCACUCUCCUUCUUGGUAAAAUAGCCCUUACACAGCCUGGAGGUGUGUUGGGUCAUUGUCCUGUUGAAAAACAAAUGAUAGUCCCAAACCAGAUGGGAUGGCGUAUUGCUGCAGAAUGCUGUGGUAGCCAUGCUGGUUAAGUGUGCCUUGAAUUCUAAAUAAAUCACAGACAGUGUCACCAGCAAAGCACCCCCACACCGUAACACCUCCUCCUCCAUGCUUUACGGUGGGAACUACACAUGAUCAUCCGUUCACCCACACCGCGUCUCACAAAGUUGGAACCAAAAGUCUCCAAUUUGGACUCCAGACCAAAGGACACAUUUCCACCGGUCUAAUGUCCAUUGCUCGUGUUUCUUGGCCCAAGCAAGUCUCUUCUUCUUAUUGGUGUCCUUUAAUAGUGGUUUCUUUGCAGCAAUUCGACCAUGAAGGCCUGAUUCACACAGUCCCCUCUGAACAGUUGAUGUUGAGAUGUGUCUGUGACUUGAACUCUGUAAAGCAUUUAUUUGGGCUGCAAUUUCUGAGGCUGAUAACUCUAAUGAACUUAUCCUCUGCAGCAGAGGUAACUCUGGGUCUUCCAUUCCUGUGGCGGUCCUCAUGAGAGCCAGUUUCAUCGUAGCGCUCGAUGGUUUUUGCGACUGCACUUGAAGAAACUUUCAAAGUUCUUGAAAUGUUCCGUAUUGACUGACCUUUAUGUCUUAAAGUAAUGAUGGACUGUCAUUUCUCUUUGCUUAUUUGAGCUGUUCUUGCCAUAAUAUGGACUUGGUCUUUCACCAAAUAGGGCUAUCUUCUGUCACUUCAAUAAUAUUAACAGUCACUUUAAUAAUGUUUGCAUAUCUUGCACUACUCAUCUCAUGUAUAUACUGCAUUCUAUUCUAUAAUAUUAUACUGUAUUUUAGUCCAUGCCGCUCUGUCAUUGCUUGUCCAUAUAUGUAUAUUUUCUUAAAUUCCAUUCCUUACUAGUUUUGUGUGUAUUAGGUAUAUGUUGUGAAAUUGUUAGAUAUUACUUGUUAGUAAUACACCCGCUAUAACAUCUGCUAAACACGUGUAUGUGACGAAUAAAAUUUGAUUUGAUUUGAUUGGAUUUGAUAUACUGAUUGGCUCAAAUGCAUUAAGAAGGAAAGAAAUUCCACAAAUUACCUUUUAAGAAGUCACACCUGUUAAUUGAAAUGCAUUCCAGGUGACUAUCUCAUGAAGCUGGUUGAGAGAAUGCCAAGAGUGUGCAAAGCUGUCAUCAAGGCAAAGGGUGGCUGUUUGAAGAAUCUCAAAUAUAAAAUAUGUUUUGAUUUGUUUAACACUUUUUUGGUUACUUCAUGAUUCCAUAUGUGUUAUUUCAUAGUUUUAAUGUCUUCACUAUUAUUCUACAAUGUAGAAAAUAGUAAAAAUUAAGAAAAACCCUUGAAUGAGUAGGUGUGUCCAAACUUUUGACUGACACUGUAUAUAUUGUUUUAUAACUUGCAUAUAUUCAAAUACCUUCAAAUAUUUGGUUUUCUGAGAGGUAUUCAAAAUACUUUCAAAUAUUAUUUGGUUUUGUGAGACCUGUAUUUGAAUAUUAAAGAAAAUAGUUUCCUUGAGUUGAAGAAAGAAUCUUUGUCCAAUACGAGGUGAGUAAUCGCUGUCCUGAUAUCCAGAAGCUCUUUUUGGUCAUAACAGACGGUGGCAGAAACAUUAUGUACAGAAUAAAUUACAAAUAACGCCAAAAAACACACAUAAUAGUAGAAUUGGUUAGAAGGCUGUAAAUUGGCAGCCAUCCUCUCCGGCGCCAUUAUUUAGUUUAAUCAGCAAUUGUGGGUUCGAUUACAUAAUCAAAAUGGCCAGAAACAAAGAACUUUCUUCUGAAACUUGUCAGUCUAUUCUUGUUCUGAGAAAUGAAGGCUAUUCCAUGCGAGAAAUUGCCAAAAAACUGAAGAUCUCGUACAACGUUGUGUACUACUCCCUUCACAGAACAGCGCAAACUGGCUCUAACCAGAAUAGAAAGAGGAGUGGGAGGCCCCGGUGCACAACUGAGCAAGAGGACAAAUACAUUAGAGUGUCUAAUUUGAGAAACAGACGCCUCACAGGUCCUCAACUGGCAGCUUCAUUUAAUAUUACCCGCAAAACACCAGUUUCAACGUCAACAGUGAAGAGGCAACUCCGGGAUGCUGACCUUCUAGGCAGAGUUGCAAAGAAAAAGCCAUAUCUCAGACUGGCCAAUAAAAAUAAAAGAUUAAGAUGGGCAAAAGAACACAGACACUGGACAGAGGAAGAUUGGAAAAAAGUGUUAUGGACAGACAAAUAGAAGUUUGAGGUGUUCGGAUCACAAAGAAGAACAUUUGUGAGACGCAGACCAAAUUAAAAGAUGCUGGAGGAGUGCUUGAUGCCAUCUGUCAAGCAUGGUGGAGGCCAUGUGAUGGUCUGUGGGUGCUUUGGUGGUGGUAAGGUGGGAGAUUUAUACAGGGUAAAAGGGAUCUUGAAGAAGGAAGGCUAUCACUCCAUUUUGCAACGCCAUGCCAUACCCUGUGGACGGUGCUUGAUUGGAGCCAAUUUCCUCCUACAACAGGACAAUGACCCAAAGUACAGCUCCAAACUAUGCAAUAACUAUUUAGGGAAGAAGCAGUCAGCUGGUAUUCUGUCUAUAAUGGAGUGGCCAGCACAGUCACCGGAUCUCAACCCUAUUGAGCUGUUGUGGGAGCAGCUUGAGCCCAUCAAGUCAAUCCAACUUGUGGGAGGUGUUUCAGGAAGCAUGGGGUGAAAUCUCUUCAGAUUACCUCAACAAAUUGAGAACUAGAAUGCCAAAGGUCUGCAAGGCUGUAAUUGCUGCAAAUGGAGGAUUCUUUGAUGAAAGCAAAGUUUGAAGGACACAAUGAUUAUUUAGAUUAAAAAUCAUUAUUUCUAACCUUGUCAAUGACUACAUUUCCUAUGCAUUUUCCUAUAUUUCCAAUUCAAACUCAUUUCAUGUAUGUUUUCUUGGAAAACAAGGACAUUUCAAAGUGACCUUAGACUUUUGAACGGUAGUGUAUAUUCGACUACCUCGAGUAUUUGAAAAGUUUGUAUUUUGGUAGGAGGAGAGGAGAGGCUACUGUAAACGUUACAGAGUUGAGGCUCAGGCUGUGUGCCCGGGCUGUGUCUCCCCACUCUCCCCUCUCCUCUCCCCUCUCCCAGGGGCUCAGCAGUGCAGUGAGCUGCCUCACAGAGCCGAUCCAGGCUGCAGCCACCCCAAAGCCUCAGGACAGCCAGAGCCUCACAGACACACGCUUAAUGCACUCUAUUUAGAGAGAAAAUUGGAACAUGUCGCUAUCGUUUGCUUGCUCACUAGCUGGCCAGCUGGUCAUCAAUUGGAGAGGUUGAGAAGGGGGCUGGGAAAUUGAUCCUAAGCCAUCAAAGCAGAGUUUAUGCAGUUAUUUAAAGACAGGGUUUUAUCGCUUUGAAUUAUACAAAAAAUUAGAAGCAUUAUUUUUUAAAAUCUUAUUUGAAUUAAAAUACAUUUACAGUACAAGUUCAUUAAUACUUCCAAAUCUUGAAAUGUAUUUUUUCCACAGUAUAGUUGUGAUGGUUUCUGUGCCUCUAAAGAAACCAUAUCUUAUAACUGACUGACUCCCUUUUGCGGGUAGCUACAUCAGAGUUCUAUGUUUGCCAUGAUGGUUAAUUCAACCUACUGAUACACAUUAUAUUAUAAUUUUCAAAUUAAUGAAAUAUGUAUGAAAUUACAGAUAAUUUAUUCGCUUUGCAAAUGAAUAUCAUGUUGAUUGUAGUAUCAUGUUGAUUGUAUUGGUAAUCGAUUCCAGUGUCUACGUCCCAAUUCCAGGCAAUUCCAUUUCCCAAACAUAGGGAGUGAUGUCUAGACCAAAUGGAGCUUUGUGAACCUACAUCUCUAUCUCCACUCAUAUCUGUCAUGUCUUCUGAUGCUUUCCAAUCGAACGUUUCUUCUCCUUUCUGUCCACAGUCGCUCGAGAGCACUCGUCGUAUGCUACAGCUGGUGGAAGAGGUAAGACACCAUUCAUACUUAUAGUGUUCACAACGCCAAGCCAGAAUACAAUGCAAGCUGUGUCACAGCUCUCAGUGUGCUGUAUCUGCCUCAGAACAGUGCAUGGUAUUGACAUGGGUAAGACACUGUGUGUUCUCACAUGUACACAUCUGCCUGGCACAGCAUAUUCACUGGUGCACAUUUAACUCGGAGAGUGUUAAAUGUAGAACUUUCACAGUGUACAUAUGAGGCCCACUAAUAAGGUGUUCAAUGAACACUGUUGAGAGUUGAAAUGUUAUCUUGGUAGGAAGACUGGAGAGAGAGAGAGCGAUCAGAAGAGAGAGAUCAUAUGAGAGAAAUCAGAGGAGAGAGAGAGAGAGAGACAGAGAGAGAGAGAGAGAGAGAGCGUUGACAGCUGUUGGGGAAGGGCCAUGAUGUCUCUGAUGACAGUCCAGUGUUGCAUAUCUCAAGGUCAUAUUGAUCAUCAGUUCAGAUAUCUCACCGAACAGCACAGCGCCUCCCUGACACUGGAGGAAGAGAGGGAGAGAGGGAGAGAAGUGUAGAGAGAGGAAGAGAUGGAGAGAAAGAUACCAGCACCUCGGACGUGACAAACAGACGAGUGUGGGUGAAGAUAGAGGGAGGGGCUGUCUGACGAAAGGGAAGACGAAAGAGGAGAAAAAGAAGGAUAGUGGAGAGAGGGAGCUAUAGAGCAUGUGAGAGAGAGGAAGAGAGGGAAACAUUAGUCAGACUGCUAUGAUUAAUCAGAUGAUUAUGUGUCAUAAUUGUUCAGCAAUAAGAGUGUAUCACCCCACUGGGCCAGAGCACAGAUUCUAUUUGAUUAUAGUUAUUGUCUCUCUCACUCUAUCAUCAUAAGAAAUAAGUGAGAACAUUUUAUUUUUCAUACAAAUAAACAAGCAACGGCAUUUCCAAAUACAUAAUGAUGGAAUCAAGGUGUAUCUAUCUCCAUCUAUAUGGUUUGCAUAAGGUGGUAGUGUUGAGCAGAGCUGAGGGGUUCAGUGCAGUGCAGUAUGGGGAUCGUAUUUGAUUAUUCCAAGGAGACCCCUGAGAGUCAUUUGAACUACUUUGGGAUUUCUCUGGGAACCGGAAUGCUAAUUUACAGAAGAAAUUAUAGGGCGACAGGUAGCCUAGGGGUUAAGAUUGUUGGGCCAGUAACCAAAAGGUUGCUUGUUCGAAUCCCCUAGGCUACCUGGGGCUCUAGAUAAAAAUGUAAAAAAAUAUUUAUGCGCUGCUAAUUGCUUGCCCCCAAACGUUGAUGCUCUCUUCCUUGUAAACUGCAAGGGAGAGAGGAGGCUUAUUUAUGCUGCCUAUCUCCACACCAGGUGCCAUGUUUCUUAGUCAGGCAAGAAUUGAAAAACAGCAGAAAGAAAAUAAAGUCUCUAGGAUAUCAGGAUGGUUUUGUUUUGUUAGCCUUUGCCACCUUGCACACUGGCCAGAGGUUGAUACUGUAUCUGUAUCUAAACCCAAUCGAUUAGUAACAGGGUUAGUGUUGGCUGGCUAUUCAUGUCGUUUCAGAACCCCAAGGUCUCCAAGUGUACGUUAAUUCACUGCUGGGAUUGGUGAAAGCCAACAAAGAUCUGGAAAUGAUCUUGCAUCCAUAUCGAAUAGCAGCAGUACAUAGGCUACUGUACGAAAAAAAAGGCUUAAACUAUUAGGCUUAAACCUCCGAAAUAGGCAUUAUUAUCAGAUUUCAGUCUGAUGUAAAGCUUUUCCUUUAAGAUAAAAAAAAAAAAAAUGUAUUUGUAUGUCAGCUAAACUUUAUGUAUCCCACUGGGAGCUAUUUGCAAUGUGUCAUACCAAAGGGAUAAUUUACCCUGACCUUUAACCUCUGACUCUAAUGAAUAUACGCCACUUUCUAUCACAGCACGGUAACAUGUUCCCUCUACAUCUACAACAUUAAACAUAAACACCUAUAACAUUAAUCACCAAACCGUAACACCGAGGGGUCAAGCAAAUCCAUCCUAAAAUCACAUCAGAAACUAUACAAAUAUGCUAAUAUUCUCAGACUGUUGCGAUUCGGACAAUGUUACUCCUAUUGUGAGAUUUUUUUAGUCAAGCAAAUCGCAAGACCUCGGUCUAACUUUGUCUAAAGCUUGAAGUGUUUCUUUCUGAUGACGUCAUCCUGUUUUUCUAUCAUGUUGCCUUGCCCUCUAAUCUCCAAUCUAUAUGGCUUCUAUAUACUCUCUUACUGAUCACACCCCUCUCUCUCUCUUUAUUUCCUUCCAUUCAUCCCUUCCUUCUUCACCUCUCUUCUCCACGGUUGUUGGGGAGUAGAGUAAAGAUGCUGGUAUCAGGACUUUGGUUAUGUUGGACGAGCAAGGAGGUAAGUGUUGGAUGUCUUCUAGAAGGGAAAACCAAUGGGACUUCGUGCCCCGCCUUGCAUCUGAUGUUUUGCUAUGAAUAACUUAAUAGUGCAUGCUUUGAAGUAGUUAGCUAGAAUGACAGAUUCGACUUUAUAUUUCAACUUGAGUUAUUUUCAAGUGCUUUGUACAUUGAAAUAGACAGAUAUAUGGAUGAAGGUACAAAAACACUCAUAUAGUUAUAUUUUAGAUACCCAUGUAAACGAACAGAGAUAUUCUUGAUGGUUGAAUUGUUUGCUGUGCAAUUGCUCGUAUCCAUUAAGUGCCAAUUCCUAACAAAACUUUUUUUCUCCAUCUCCCCCUCGAAACAAUGAUUUUCAUACAUUUUUAUUUCUUCCUUAAUGCGUGCUUUAUUAUGAUUUCCUCUGGUCAAGGUCAACAAUUCGUUUGAAAGCUGAAAAACAAGCUAACAAUUAUUAUUUUUCUUUGUUUUCUAACUUUUAGUUUUGUUUGCCAACUGCAUUUUUCUUGGUGAGCUAAACAGCUUUUAUUUGGCUCGCUAACUUCCUUACCUUGGUUUCGCUAACUUCAAUACUUUGCUUUCGCUAACUUAAAUACUUUGCUUUCCGUAACUUAUAUUCUUUGAUUUUGCUAACAUCUUUUCUUUGGUUUUGCUAACAGUUUUUCUUUCGGUACUUUCGUACCCCAAAGACAACAAGGACACAUUGAACAUUCAAAUGCAAGGAUCAUUGGGCCAUUCUCAGGCCAAACACCCCAACAACCACCCUAUGUUUAAAUCUUGUUUACAUUUCUGUGCCAAAAGUUGAAUUAGAGAAGCCCACUUAUCCAUCAUUUGGGUCACCUCUCCCAGUCGUGGAGGCUUGUCCCUAAAAGGCUACCAACCCAAAAGCAAGCAGGUCAGCAUAUCAAAGAUGUAGUGAUGAAACAGGUUAUAGCUCAAAGUGGGGGGAAGUAAACAAACGAUCGAUUUAGCUGGUAACGACAAAAUUCCCCCUCCUUCUCCCAUGGAUUUACACACUAACAAUUUAACACACUUUUGUAUCAUCCCUGGUUAAAUGCAGUUUACAAACACAGUAGUAGAUGCACGGACACAUUUAGGACAAGUAAACUUGUUUAACCUUUUACUGCAGUGGGCUAAAUCAGGGUCACACAGAGUGAUUCUUGGUAGUCUUAAACAAAUCUACUUUGAAACAACAGUAUAUUUACAUUUUUCACAUUUUUGUCAUUUAGCAGACGCUCUUAUCCAGAGCGACUUACAGUUAGUGAGUGCAUACAUUUUCAUACAUGGUUAUGGGCUUAAAAGAAGACGACACCUGUACCAUGUCAGAUAUAGAGUUGAAAUGUAUUACAUUUUGAGUUUGCAUCCCAAUAUUACACUUAAUAUACAUCACAGAAGACUGAAAUAUGACAAAACUGUUUGACAUAGAAACACCAGAUUUUGACCCCCCCCCCCCCCCCCCCAAAAAAAAAAAAGACAUCUUUAUUAAUGAUUAAAUUAUGAAAAAUAUUAAUACCAUUCCACUCAUGAGGCCAAAGAGGGCGCUUUUGGUCAUUGACUGCAGGAAAGGGCUACCACAUACUGUACUGCACUAAAGGACCACUGUGUUAUCCACAUUCCUUAUAGUCUUGUUAUGUACUCUAUAACGCACACAAAGAAUAUAGACAUGAUUUACACCUGAUAUUGACCAAUAACAAAUGUUAUUUAUAAUAACAGGGCCUAAACCCUGGUUCAGGUGAAGCUAAUUGGCAUUAACACUGGUUUGUUUUGCUUGGAGGGAUUGAUUAGAGGACAUAAUUGUCUUGCCGGAAGGCAUUAGCCUCAAUCCAGCCUUCUGAUUGGCUGGUGAGACUGCAGUGAUCAGUGCCUCUUGGGGAAAUACCCCUGUCUGAGGACCUUAAUUACACUCUCACUGUCAUCUGCUCAUCCCGCUAUCAUCUCUCUAUCCACUCAUCCCUCCCCCUCCGCAGUCCAUAUGUCCAGCGUUGCCUCCACAAAGCCAAUUUAGACGGCUGGCUGGACGCUGAGGUGUAAACCUGUUUAGCUGCUCUCUGACUUCCGCUUAAUGACGGUGCCGUAGUGGAGAAGCCUGGACUGAUGCACAAGGCAUGAAUUAAUCACAGAAUUAAAUUAAAUUAAAAGUGGGAAGAAAAAUAUAGGGUUUGUGAAUGAAUGUUCCACUAGCAAAGAAAUUGAUUAUUUUGAUAGAGUGAAAAAAACACCCGUUCAACAUUACCUUAUUUUAAUCUGACGUUCUUCUUAUUCUCCACUGUUCAAGUAAAGGUCACAUGACUGAAUUGUUUCUACAGUAUGUGUGUAUAAAAGCAUGCCAGGGAUUUUACAAAGGUGGACAUUAUCAAUGGGCUUAGCCUUUACUGCAUUCCGGACCUACUCUACUCUACUUUCCAACCUCAAUUUACUAUAACACAUACUGCACAUAAUUCAUACGUCCGUCCACCCACCUACCCACCCAGUAGCAUUAAUCCCCUCCCACACCAGGGUUAAGGUGAAUUUAGUUUUCAAUUAAUUCAUUGCGGGGAAUUAAUUGAAAUGCAAUUUAUAAGUUGAAAAAUCCUCACACAAAACAUUGUCCAUUUUAAUUCAUGAUACACUUUCUGCUGAAUUUACUGUAUUGAUAACUGAAUUGACCCCAACCCUGCCCCACACCACACCAAUAAGGCCCAUCCAGCUCCCUUCACCAUGUCCAUGCCUUGCCCCAAUGACCACACUGCCCAUGAACGGCUCAUCUCCUAGGGGAAUGGUACUGUAGUAUAGGAUCGGUAGGAUUUCAGAUUUGCCCCAGGUUUCCAUGAUGCUACAGCCAUGGCAAACCUUUGAUGAUAUCUUUAGAAUUGUAAUUGUUUCCCCUUAGCCAAUGAUUAAUAAACCACUAAUAUAUUUGUUGCAUACUUUUUAACACUAAAAGGCUUCUGUCAAAUGAAAUUCAAAAGAAUAUAUUGAAACUGACUGUCUCAGUCUUAACUUUAUUCAGUACCCAGUACUCUCUGGCGUAAAGAUCCAUCACAUAUUCUACCAGUGUACUGAUACAUGCACUCAAUGAAACUCAUAUAGAUGAUAUCAUACUGUACACAGCUCAGUGCUGCUCAUGACUCAUAUAUUUCUGUCAAAUAGUCAAUAAAGUUCAUUCCACUGCUGUCAUCCCUUUGUCCUGACCAGAACAACUCGAUCGUGUUGAAGAUGGCAUGAACCAUAUCAACCAAGACAUGAAGGAGGCCGAAAAAACUUUAAAAGAUUUAGGGAAAUGCUGUGGCCUUUUCAUAUGUCCCUGUAACAAGUAGGUACUGACCCAACGAGCCCAAAGGUUCUUCACUAUGUGGUGGCGUCCAGUUUUUUCCCUUUUCGUCACAGUGAGUGUCUGAAUCUGUUGUCUUCUCUUCUUUGUCUUCUCUCCUCCUUCCUUCCUUCCUUCCUUCCUUUCUUUCUUUCCUUUCCUUUUCUUCUCACGUGCUUCGUUCUGUGGGGGAUAAAUUACUUGUGUUUAAUCAGAGCAACUGGAGCGCAUCGAAGAAGGAAUGGACCAAAUCAAUAAGGACAUGAAGGAUGCAGAAAAGAAUUUGAACGAUCUAGGAAAAUUCUGUGGUCUUUGCUCCUGUCCAUGUAACAAGUAGGUGCUGCUUGCCUGCCUGCCUGCCUGCCUGCCAUUAAAACCAAGGUAGAAGUGACGUCAUAGUGGCCAGUAGUGCGCUAGUCUGCUCCAGCUCUAACCAUGCUGACUCCUCCCAUCAAUCCUCUGACCUCCACGCUCAAUGGCUCAGCCAGAACCAAGAGGGGCAUGAUGGCAUAAGACAUGUUCACACACACACUCACACAUACAGUGGGGAUAAAAAGUAUUUAGUCAGCCACCAAUUGUGCAAGUUCUCCCACUUAAAAAGAUGAGAGAGACCUGUCAUUUUCAUCAUAGGUACACGUCAACUAUGACAGACAAAUUGAGAAAAUAAAAUCCAGAAAAUCACAUUGUAGGAUUUUUAAUGAAUUUUUUUGCAAAUUAUGGUGGAAAAUAAGUAUUUGGUCACCUACAAACAAGCAAGAUUUCUGGCUCUCACAGACCUGUAACAACUUCUUUAAGAGGCUCCUCUGUCCUCCACUCGUUACCUGUAUUAAUGGCACCUGUUUGAACUUGUUAUCAGUAUAAAAGACACCUGUCCACAACCUCAAACAGUCACACUCCAAACUCCACUAUGGUCAAGACCAAAGAGCUGUCAAAGGACACCAGAAACAAAAUUGUAGACCUGCACCAGGCUGGGAAGACUGAAUCUGCAAUAGGUAAGCAGCUUGGUUUGAAGAAAUCAACUGUGGGAGCAAUUAUUAGGAAAUGGAAGACAUACAAGACCACUGAUAAUCUCCCUCGAUCUGAGGCUCCACGCAAGAUCUCACCCCGUGGGGUCAAAAUGAUCACAAGAACGGUGAGCAAAAAUCCCAGAACCACACGGGGGGACCUAGUGAAUGACCUGCUUGAGAGCUGGGACCAAAGUAACAAAGCCUACCAUCAGUAACACACUACUCCGCCAGGGACUCAAAUCCUGCAUUGCCAGACGUGUCCCCCUGCUUAAGCCAGUACAUGUCCAGGCCCGUCUGAAGUUUGGGAGAAUGUCAUAUGGUCAGAUGAAACCAAAAUAGAACUUUUUGGUAAAAACUCAACUCAUCGUGUUUGGAGGACAAAGAAUGCUGAGUUGCAUCCAAAGAACACCAUACCUACUGUGAAGCAUGGGGGUGGAAAGCUUCAUGCUUUGGGGCUGUUUUUCUGCAAAGGGACCAGGACGACUGAUCCGUGUACCUAUAAUGAAAAUUACAGGCCUCUCUCAUCAUUUUAAGUGGGAGAACUUGCACAAUUGGUGGCUGACUAAAUACUUUUUUUCCCCACUGUAUGUGCGCACAUACACACAAGACAUGCUGUCACGCACACGUUCUGUACACACAUACACACACACCACGCACGCACACAGACAGUGGUGACUGACAGGAGCCUCAGGUCUUCAUGGGUCUCGCUCUGGUAAUUCUCCGGACAGGCCUCCAGACAUAUCCCAGAAUAUUUUGCGGAAUCCGCAGACUUGGCUCGGGAGCUCCCCACAGGCCCAUCUGUCACAGCCAACACUCAACCAGGGUGGGAGAACAGUGUAUGGAGGUUUCAACCCCUUAACAAUGCACUGUUAGCUUAUACAGCAUGUAGAGUAUAUCUGAGUUCCCUUCAACAGCAUAAUAGCCAAGCUGAAUACUGCCCACAAAUGUCCAAACACUUGCCGUCCCUAACUUUUAAUGCCAGGACAUGCUUUCUAUGGCCCCAGAACACACCAACCCACCAAAAGUCUUGACUCCUAUCCAUCCGCAAACCAAACUCUCCUCCACUUAGACCAGGCCAAAACUCAUCAGCAGGGGCUUCUCCAAGCACCCUUCUCCAAGCACCAUAUUCUAAGUUCCCUUCUUGAAGUACCCUUCUCCAAGUGCCCUUCUCAUCCAAGCGAACGUAUCGUCAGCACGCUUACAUAACAGUCCGAGUAUAUAGAACAGCACCAUUCUCCUUCCUACUCUUGCCAGACUAUCAAAGCCACUAUAGUUACUAUCUAAGCCACUAUAAGAUUCCAGGACUGCUUGUCACUUUUCCUCAUCUGCAUGUAAAUACAACAUGGUCAGACACCCAAAUAACCUGAGAUCUGUAGAAUAGAUCAGUAGUUGCAUGUCACGCAGACAGACCUCUGUCUCUCUCCCUGCCACUGUGAACGCUGCACACCCAACCCACGAAUGACUACUGACUGGAAUGACUGGAGAGCAUGUCCCUUGAAUGCCAUGCAUGCUGAAAAUGCAACUCAUAGUAAUGGUACACAUGAUGAAAAAAUGAUGCUGAUGUUCAUGAUGAACUCCUGUUAUUGGUCAUAUAAUUGGGUCCUCAGAUUAAUUUGCCACUAUUAUUGAAGCAACUGGAAAAUUGAGAAUAAGGGAUAAUCAGUAAUGAUGGUAAUUAUAAUAAACAUAAAAUAACGUUCAUAUUUAUGCACUUCAUACAGAAAAACCUCAAAGUGCUUGUACUGUAUAGGAAGAGAGAGAGACAAACAGGUUAAAAUAGGCUGCUAAAACAAAAUGAUUAUUCUAAAAACGAGUGGAUACCACGCUGUGUUGCCUAUGCAGUAGCCUACCACCACUCCCACAGUGCACUGUGGUAACUGUGUGCUGCCUUCUUCCCAUGCAGCCCCAGGGAAGCAGCUCAGAUCUAGGUCAGCCAGAUCAUAUAUACUGUAGGCAAGAUCGCCUGAUGACUGAAACCAAGGGCUACAUUCUAGAUCUCUAGAUCAAUACUGGAGACAAGACACUGGAUUUAGCCUGUGCUGUAGGUCUCUUUUUUCUCAUUCCACAUCCAAUCAUAUGAAAUUGAGCUUACAUUUUUUAUCAGCCUGUGGCUCAAAAGAGUUAACACUGAUUAGAUGUCUCUCUUGUUGUCUGAUUUACAUCAUAUCCAAAUAGAUAGAGUUCUAAGUCGAUGGAGGGUAUACGGUAUGUGUUACCAAAACAGGUUAAUUCUGAUCAGGGACUUGGGAGUUUCUCACAAAAAAACACAUUUUUACCUUAUAAAACGAGAGAGUGGUAGAGAAAGUUGCAAAUGUCAUGUCGAAAGAAUUGGAUAACCUAACUGUUGCUUGUAAAACAAAUUGUAUAACAUAACUGAGUCGAGUGAAUGUAGGAGCAGAGCAGAGUUAACCAGUGUGCCUGACUGUGUGUGUUUACCACAGUGGUCUCUGUAAUCAUCGCCUCAGUCCAUUUCUAUAAAUACGAGCUCAGUGGGCGGGCUCAGAAUCAGCCAUCUUCUCUAUCGUUUGAUAAAACAAGAAAUAUCUACCAUCCCCGGGCUCCGAGGUUACUGAAAGGCUUAAUCCAACCAAGCCAUUUGGUUACUUAGAGGAAAGCCAGACAUGGUUUUAGGGAGAGGAAAGAAAGAUAAGUAAAGACAGACAUGAUAACUCAGGGUCCUCUCAUGCUCCAUGUUAUCAAAAUUAAUAAUUGCAUACAAAAGUGUGUAUGACAUACAUUUCACACAGACAGACCGUUUGUGAUGGUGGUUAAUAUCUUGACUACUGCAGUGUACUUAUAGACUCAUUAAAAGGAGCCUGAAGCAUAGACUCACCCAGGGCCUCCUUAGCCACCAUAGAGGAUCCCUGUCAUGUUUAGAUCUCUGUCAGACAGAGUACAUAACAAAUAUAGAUACAGCUAUAUAAUUAGUUUUAAAAUCAUCUUGGUUAAUCUGCAAUAUUUGUAAGUACUGCUACUAAUAAUAAUAUUACAUUUGAUUUAUAAAGGGCAUUUCUCGCACUCAAGGCGCUACAGGUAUAGCAUAAAUAUUAUUUACCCCCUGAAAUAGAGGAAGACAAAAAAAUUUCAUCUGACUAAAAUGGCUUUAAUAAUGCACUGUUCACUGAUCGACCUUAAAGGGAUACUUCCGGAUUUUAGCAAAGAAGCUCUUCAUCUACUUCCCCAGAGUCAUAUCAACUCGUGGAUACCAUUUUUAUGCCUCUGCGUGCAGUUUGAAGGAAGUUGCUAACUAGCAUUAGCGCAAUUGCUAACUAGUGUUAGUACCAUUAAAUUUACAUCAUUUAGCAGACACUCUUAUCCAGAGCGACUUACAGUUAGUGAGCGAAUACAUUAUUUUUCAUACUGGCCCCCCAUGGGAAUCAAACCCACAACCCAGGCGUUGCAAACGCCAUGCUCUACAUCCCUGCUGGCCAUUCCCUCCCCUACCCUGGGCCAAUUGUGCACCGCCCCAUGGGUCUCCCGGUCGCGGCUGGCUACGACCUGGAUUCAAACCAGGAUCUCUAGUGGCACAGCUAGCACUGCGAUGCAGUGCCUUAGACCACUGCGCCACCCGGGAAGUAUAUGAUAACUGCUAGCAUGCUAGUAGAUACCAUAGACAUCCUGUCAUUGCGCUAAUGCUUGUUAGCAUUGGCUCGCAAAACUACCUCUAACUUCCUUCAUACUGGAUGCAGAGACAUACAAAUGGUAUCCAUGAGAUCAUCUGACUCUGGGGAAGUAGAUUAAUUGCCAACAUCCCGAAGUAUCCCUUUAACGCUACCUGAUAUCCUAUGUUUACUAGAUAGAUUCACAACGUGAGAAAGAUACUUGAUAUUAAAAAAGAAGCGUACUCUUCAGUAGGGGGUUACGUUCUGUUAUGUCCCUCAGGUUUGUUUUCUUUUGCAGUUCUUCCCCAAACGAUGUGGCAGUCCAGUCCUGUUACUCUAUGUUGUCUGUCUGCCAAACCCUUGUCUCUCUGUUCUCUGUCACAUAUAGUCACACUGAGGCUGCAUCUUAAAUGCCACCCUAUUCCCAAAAGCAGUUGAUGUGUUUUGGGAAUAGGGUGCCAUUUCAGAUGCAACCUGGGAGAUACCAUUGUGGGGGGGGGGGGUGGCACAAAAUGAGUAAUCCCAACUGUUGUUUACAAAAUGCAUGUUAUUACUUAAGAGGUCACAUUUUUCAGCUGGGAAAAGGUAUGUGUCUCAGCAUACGAAACUUACCUGAGUACAGUAUGUUAUAUACAAUCGAGAUAUAACAUCACAUCACACUAACAAUGUUAAAACUAGAGAAUGAUCAAACCCAUGCCUGCUCUCUCUGCUUUGCUUGGUUAGUCUCUAUAGUCUUCGACCUGUUUCUCAUAUUUCUAUGUGGCGGAUUAAUGCAUGAUGAUACAGCUACACCUGAUAGAUAAUAUAUCUAGUAGUAAUUAAGCCUCACCCUCCUCUUCCUUGGUCCACCCCAGGAUGAAGAGUGGAGGCAGCAAGGCUUGGGGGAACAACCAGGAUGGGGUGGUAGCCAGUCAGCCUGCCCGUGUGGUGGAUGAACGCGAACAGAUGGCCAUCAGUGGAGGAUUCAUUCGCAGGUGAGGGAGGGGGCCGUGGAGGGACCGGGUGGGUUGGUGGUUAAAGUAGGGGGCAGGGAUAUCCAGUUGUUUCGGUUUGGGGGAGCUGUAGGGAAAGAAGAGUUUGAUGGGAGGCAGAAUAUCUGCAGGUAUGGAGAUAGGGAGAGGGUGGUAAAGAGAUAAUGGUGGCGGUCAGGAACAAUGUCCAUAAUGCAGAUAUAAAGGUGUGUUUGCAAGUAGGGAGUACAGGGGUGGGGGGCAGUAGUUACAGUGCCUUGCAAAAGCGUUUUUUCCUAUUUUGUUGCAUUACAACCUGUAAUUUAAAUGGAUUUUGAUUUGUAUUUCAUGUAAUGUAAUAGACAUAAAGAAAAUAGUCCAAAUUGGUGAAGUGCAAUGAAAAAAAUUACUUGUUUCAAAAAAUUCUAAAAAAUAAAUAACGGAAAAGUGGUGCGUGCAUAUGUAUUCACUCCCUUUGCUCUGAAGCCCCUAAAUAAGAUCUGGUGAAACCAAUUACCUUCAGAAGUCACAUAAUUAGUUAAAUAAAGUCCACCUGUGUGCAAUCUAAGUGUCACAUGAUCUGUCACAUGAUCUCAGUAUAUAUACACCUGUUCUGAAAGGCCCCAGAGUCUGCAAUACCACUAAGCAAGGGGCACCACCAAGCAAGCUGUCACGAUCGUCGUAUGAGUGAGUAGACCAAGGCGCAGCGUGUGAAACAAACAUGACUUUAAUUAGUUAAAGUAUACCAAAACAAAACACGACUCGUGAAGUCCACGGUAAACAAAUACCGACACGGAACAAAAACCCACAACACCCAAGGGAAAACAUACCGAUUAAAUAUGGCUCCCAAUCAGAGACAACCAGCCGACAGCUGACACUCGUUGCCUCUGAUUGGGAGUCACACAGGCAAACAUAGAAACAGACAACCUAGAACACCCAAACAAAGAAACAGAACACAUAGAAUGAACACACCCUGGCUCAACAUAUAGAGUCCCAGAGCCAGGGUGUGACAGUACCCCCCCCCUAAAGGCGCGGACUGCGACCGCGCCUCAACUAAAGCAAAACAGGGGAGGGCUGGGCGGGCAUACCUCCUCGGCGGCGGCUCCGGCUCCGGGCUUGCCCACCACCCUCCAACAAACCCCCCAUAGCGCCCCUGGUCCGGUCUGGCCCCGCUGGCUGGAGCUGGACUGGACGUAGCAGGAGCGGUAGGCUUCAGCUCCUUAGUGGAGCAGUAGAGCGGUACCUGAAUUGGCACCGAUGACCCAGGCACGGGUUGUGCCGGACUGACGACUCGCACCCCUGGCUUGGUGCGAGUGGCAGGAACGGGCCGGGCCGGGCUGGCGACGCGCACCGUAGACUUGGUGCGAGUGGCAGGAACAGGCCGGACCGGGCUGGCGACGCGCACCGUAGACUUGGUGCGUGGAGCAGGGACAGGCCGGACAGGGCUGGCGACGCACACCGCAGGCUUGGUGCGUGGAGCAGGGACAGGCCGGGCAGGGCUGGCGACGCACACCGUAGGCUUGGUGCGUGGAGCAGGAACAGGCCGGGCUGGGCUGGCGACGCACACCGUAGGUUUGGUGCGUGGAGCAGGGACAGGCCGGGCUGGGCUGUCGACGCACACCGUAGGCUUGGUGCGUGGAGCAGGAACAGGCCGGGCAGGGCUGGCGACGCACACCGUAGGCUUGGUGCGUGGAGCAGGGACAGGCCGGACAGGGCUGGCGACGCACACCGUAGGCUUGGUGCGUGGAGCAGGAACAGGCCGGGCUGGGCUGUCGACGCACACAGUAGGCUUGGUGCGUGGAGCAGGAACAGGCCGGGCAGGGCUGGCGACGCACACCGUAGGCUUGGUGCGUGGAGCAGGAACAGGCCGGGCUGGGCUGUCGACACACACCGUAGGCUUGGUGCGUGGAGCAGGGACAGGCCGGGCUGGGCUGUCGACGCACACCGUAGUCUUGGUGCGUGGAGCAGGGACAGGCCGGACAGGGCUGGCGACGCACACCGUAGGCUUGGUGCGUGGAGCAGGGACAGGCCGGACUGGGCUGGCGACGCACACCGUAGGCUUGGUGCGUGGAGCAGGAACAGGCCGGACCGUACUGGGAACACACACCACUGGCCUUAAACGGGGAUCAGGAACGGGCCGGACCGGACUGGCAAUACACCUCAGUACCUCUCGCCGUGCCUCUACAACUUCCUUCCCUCCUCUCGCCAAUGGCUCCCGUAACCCGGUGGCCUUCUCUCCUCGUCUCCCAUUUCGCCCUGUGGCAGCCUCCUGCUGCCCAGUCGCCCAUGCCGUGUGCCCCCCCCUAAAAAUUUAUUGGGGUUGCCUCUCGCCUAUCCGACGUUGACCCGUUUGGCGCCGCUGCUCCUCUCCUGCCUGGGUCUCCCCCUUUAUCGCCUUCCGGUACCGGACGGCCUCCUCCUCAGUAAUCUGCCCCCAACCGAGGAGGACAUCCACAAGAGUCACCUCCUGCGUGUGUUCCUGGACACGCUGCUUGGUCCUGGUAUGGUGGGUUUUUCUGUCACGAUCGUCGUAUGAGUGAGUAGACCAAGGCGCAGCGUGUGAAACAAACAUGACUUUAAUUAGUUAAAGUAUACCAAAACAAAACACGACUCGUGAAGUCCACGGUAAACAAAUACCGACACGGAACAAAAACCCACAACACCCAAGGGAAAACAUACCGAUUAAAUAUGGCUCCCAAUCAGAGACAACCAGCCGACAGCUGACACUCGUUGCCUCUGAUUGGGAGUCACACAGGCAAACAUAGAAACAGACAACCUAGAACACCCAAACAAAGAAACAGAACACAUAGAAUGAACACACCCUGGCUCAACAUAUAGAGUCACAGAGCCAGGGUGUGACACAAGCGGCACCAAGAAGACCAAGGAGCUCUCCAACAGGUCAGGGACAAAGUUGUGGAGAAGUACAGAUCAGGGUUGGGUUAUAAAAAAAUAUCCGAAAAUUUUAACAUCCCACGGAGCACCAUUAAAUCCAUUAUUAAAAAAUGGAAAGAAUAUGGCACCACAACAAACCUGCCAAGAGAGUGCCACCCACCAAAAUCCAUGGACCAGGCAAGAAGGGCAUUAAUCAGAGAGGCAACAAAGAGAACAAAGAUAACCCUGAAGGAGCUGUAAAGUUCCCCAGCGGAGAUUGGAGUAUCUGUCCAUAGGACCACUUUAAGCCGUACACUCCACAGAGCUGGGCUUUACGGAAGAGUGGCCAGAAAAAAGCCAUUGCUUAAAGAAAAAAUAAGCAAACACGUUUGGUGUUUGCCAAAAGGCAUGUGGGAGACUCCCCAAACAUAUGGAAGAAGGUACUCUGGUCAGAUGAGACUAAAAUUGAGCUUUUUGGCCAUCAAGGAAAACGCUACGUCUGGCACAAACCCAACACCUCUCAUCACCCCGAGAACACCAUCCCCACAGUGAAGCAUGGUGGUGGCAGCAUUAUGCUGUGGGGAUGUUUUUCAUCUGCAGAGACUGGGAAACUGGUCAGAAUUGAAGGAAUGAUGGAUGGCGCUAAAUACAGGGAAAUUCUUGAGGGAAACCUGUUUCAGUCUUCCAGAGAUUUGAGACUGGGACAGAGGUUCACCUUCCAGCAGGACAAUGACCCUAAGCAUACUGCUAAAGCAACACUCAAGUGUUUUAAGGGGAAACAUUUAAAUUCUCAAUCCAAUCGAGAAUCUGUGGUAUGACUUAAAGAUUGCUGUACACCAGCGGAACCCAUACAACUUGAAGGAGCUGGAGCAGUUUUGCCUUGACUUGAAGAAUGGGCAGAAAUCCCAGGGGCUAGAUGUGCCAAGCUUAUAGAGACAUACCCCAAGAAACUUGCAGCUGUAUUGACUUUGGGGGGGGGGGGGGGGGGGGGGGGGGGGGGGUGAAUAGUUAUGCACGCUUUUUCUGUUUUUUGGUCUUAUUUCUUGUUUGUUUGACAAUAAAACAUAUUUUGCAUCUUCAAAGUGGUAGGCAUGUUGUGUAAAUGAAAUGAUACAAACCCCCCAAAAAUCUAUUUUAAUUCCAGGUUGUAAGGCAAUAAAAUAGGAAAAAUGCCAAGGGGGGUGAAUACUUUCGCAAGCCACUGUACCAUCUGCUGAUUUGGCGGGGGGGGGGGGGGGGGGGGGGGGGGGGUAGAGGGUUUGUUGGCUGAUUUUAAGAGGGUAAACAGGGUGUUGUUUUGCCAGCUGUUUUGGCAGGAGGCUAAGGUCCCCAAAGGAGGAGAAAUCAAAGGUGAAAUAUGUAUGGCUACCUUAAUGAAUUAUAUUAUUCAAUAUGCAGUGUGUGGUCUUGUUCUUCUAUCAAUGUGGGUACCUGAAAUCCCCAAAAGUCCCCCAAAAUUCUCCCUUGUUAGGACAUUUCCCAAGCCCCCACAAGGACAAAAGCUAUUUUAAGCUUAAGGGUUAGGUUUAGGGUUAGGGUUACAAUUAGCGUUAGAAUUAGGGUUAGGCGUUAGGGUUAGGUUUAGGGGUUAGGGAAAAUAGGAUAUUGAAUGGAAAUGAAUUUCAUGUCCCCACAAGGAUAGAAAAACAACUGUGUGUGUGUGUGUGUGUAUGUGAGUGUGUGUGUGUGUGUGUGUGUGCGCGAGCGUUUAUGACUGCGUGUUUGUUUGAAUGCGUGCAAGCCUAAAUUCAGUUUCUAAACCAGGUGUGUUUGUGUUUCUUCCACAGGGUAACAGAUGAUGCCCGGGAAAAUGAGAUGGAUGAGAACUUGGAGCAGGUGGGAGGCAUCAUCGGUAACCUGCGUCACAUGGCUCUGGAUAUGGGCAACGAGAUCGACACCCAGAAUCGCCAGAUCGACAGGAUCAUGGAGAAGGUACUGCUGUUGGUCCUCUAUUGGUCCUCCAUUGGCCCUAUAUUGGCCCUCUAUUGGUUCUCUAUUGGUCCUCUAUUGGCCCUGUGUUGGUCCUCUAUUGGUCCUCUAUUGGUUCUCUACUGGUCCUCUAUUGGCCCUGUAUUGGUCCUCUAUUGGUCCUCUAUUGGUCCUCUAUUGGUUCUCUAUUGGUCCUCUAUUGGCCCUGUGUUGGUCCUCUAUUGGUCCUCUAUUGGUCCUCUAUUGGCCCUGUGUUGGUCCUCUAUUGGUCCUCUAUUGGCCCUGUAUUGGGAAAAGGAAGGGAAAGGAGAUACCUAGUCAGUUGUACAACUGAAUUAAUUCAACCGAAAUGUGUCUUCCGCAUUUAACCCAACCCCUCUGAAUCAGAGAGGUGCGGGGGGCUGCCUUAAUCGAUGUCCACGUCUGUGUUAGUCCUCUAUUGGUCCUCUAUUGGUCCUCAAUUUGUCUUUUAUUCUCUAUCUGCUAUUAUUAGGAGUUGUUGUUCAAAUAUUUGUUGACAUCACAUGACAACCAAGACUCAAUAGCCUCACAUCUCAAAAUGCCAUUAUCUACAUAUAUUAUCUGCAAAAUGUUCCAAAAGAAAACAAACAGAACCACAAAUAACUAAUGUAUCUCUCUCUCUCUCUCUCUCUCUCUCUCUCUCUCUCUCUCUCUCUCUCUCUCUCUCUCUCUCUCUCUAUCUCUCUCUCUCUCUCUCUCUCUCUCUCUCUCUCUCUCUCUCUCUCUCUCUCUCUCUCUCUCUCUCUCUCUCUCUCUCUCUCUCUCUCUCUCUCUCUCUCUCUCUCUCUCUCUCUCUCUCUCUCUCUCCUUCUGCAGGCUGAUUCUAACAAGACCAGGAUUGACGAAGCCAACCAGCGGGCCACUAAGAUGCUGGGCAGUGGCUAAACUCCCGGAGCAUGUUGCUUUUCCCACAAGUGCAGUUUAUCACAGGGCGCAAACAUGCUUUUAUCAUAGUAUUUACUUUCUAUGUUUGCACACGUGCAUAUAUCACCUCCCCACAUUGUAAAUGUUGUUCUGUGUAUCGUUUGUCUGUCUUUUUCAAUGAUUGUCCUCGUAAAAUAAAAUAUUUCUUAUACUCUGUAUAAUUCUUUCCAAAGGUUGUAUAUAGUGCUGACUCGAUGGCUCUAGCUCACUUGUGAAGUUUUUAUUCUCUUUAUCAAAUAUAGUAAAAACAGGUAACUGCCAAAAUAAAGG